AUGUUGAUAGCUUCUUAUAGGGUCUUAUGCGGAUUUUCUCGCCGGUCUUUUCCAUCGUCCUCAUCUGCUGGUCUGGGUUCCCCGGCUGCACAAGGAACAAGUGUCCCUCAGCCACAGCCAGCAUCAAUCAUCGAGGAUAGGUUACUGAACGAGUUGUUUGGUGGCACCAGGACGAGAGUUGCUUCCUAUGCUGACCCAAAUGAGAACCAAAUACUAGCUGGUUUAGGCGAAGAAAUCGCAAUGCAAUUUCAAGAUUGGAACUGGGACCCUGCUUCUUUCACCAAUGAUGUGCAGACAGCCUUUAAUUUGCAGGCUAGAAAGCAGUACACGAGCAACGUGACUGACCUAUUGGCAGCUGAUGCUACUGCACAUAUUGCAGCUACCAACUCUGUUAAUAGAAGAAGCAAGCGUGGUGGAAAAGGUGAAGCAGUACACAAUGGUGGUGCUAAGACACGAGAGGAACGUGAGAUAGAAAUGACUGCUGAAAGGGGUGGUGUGCCACCAGAUUGGUUAGAAUUGAUGAGGGAUAUGCACACCAAUAAACAAACCGGUGAGGUGCAAGAUCCUGUUGCGAGAGAGCUGUUGGCAACUCUGAGUAAGCUGAAGGAGGAAAAAGAAGCACAACUUCAGCAGUCUCAUCAGUUGUCUGCGAAUGAUGGAUCUACAGCUUCUAACAUGCUGUCCCGCGAAGAGAUCAACCAACUGGUUCUCGAGAAUGUUCCUAUUAAGAAGGGUCGUCGGUAUGGUAUCGUUCGUACCUCUGAAGCUAUCUCAACCUCAUCAUCUCAGCUCUCUGUUUCUUCCUCGAGUAUUGUUCAAUACAUGGAGCGGAUGAAGACAGAGCUUGAUGAAGAGCGGUCAUGUCAUGUCCCCGAUCCUAGAUAGGAUCGCCCGGACGGGCCAUGGUGCGGGGAGACGCACUGAUGUGAUCAUGGAAAGCACCAAGGAAUGGAAUCAUGAACCUGAUCAUGGAGAGCUUGUAGCUGUUGAAGAACCUACACUUGAAGAAUGUCUGAGCCAAAAUAAAGCUUCUAUCAUCAAAGACAACUUGAUCUACAUUCAAGCUACUCUACAUUCAAGCUGAUCAUCAUCUAGGCAAGUAGCUUGUGUGUGCUCUUUUCCUAACCUUUGGUUUUGUCCCACUGGGUUUUCCAAAGGAAGGUUUUUAACGAGGCCACAAGUCUACUUCUCCUAUCUCCUAGAUGAUUGAUCUUGAUCUGUCCACAUGAAGACCUUAUCUUAUAUUUUAAGCUAUGCUUUUAUGUUAUUUAGUUUUCGAAAAACUCUAGUCUUUGUUUAGUUUCCAAGGGAGCCUGUUCCCUUUAUUUUUAUUUCUAUUUUCGAGACCUUGUGCAUGUACAAGGGUCUCUCUUUAUAUUCUGGUCGUGACCCCCCUUUAUCAUUAAGCAAUCUUUUAUCAAAAACCCUUUUCUCUCUUCUCUCUUGUCUUUGGCGAGUUGAAGUGUGUCUGGUGUGUAAUAUCCAGUCUAUUGGUGUGUAAUAUCCAACGCCCAAGGGCUUUAGAGAGGUGUGUCAUAUCCGAUCUAAGCCUAGGAGUAUCAAGAAGCCUUUCCGCAGCCUCUUGUGUCACCAUUCGAUCCACAUACCUUGAGAAGCUUGAGUCUUUUGA